AUAAAAAGAAGGAUAUUUCCAAGAUACAAUAUAAAAUUUAAAGUAAUUAUGAUAUAUCAUUACUUUAAAUUUUAAGAAUAAAUAAAACUAUUAACAAAAAUCAGAAGAUGAAAAUUUAAAAACUAUAAUUAAUGAAUAUGCGCGUGCGUGAUCCUUAGAAUUUUUUGGGUUAUGUCUGAUGAAAAUAUCAAAACACGCGCUUUGUAAUAUUAUUUAUUAUUGUUUGUUUAAAAACUCACAAUUUUGAUAUUUAACGCAAUAUUUUCCGAGAGUAGGAAAAAAAAGGACCAAACUAAUAAACAGAAAAUUUAGAACCCAAUAAAACAUCAAAUAUGGAAGAGAAUAAUUCAUCUGACAAUAAUAAUACAGAAAAUAUAGAAAAUAAAAAUAGUAAUCAGUACAAUAAUAAAAAAUUGCCAAAAAUUACGAACUUCAAUUGGAUAAUAAAAAAAUACAAAAGUAAAAAACAAAUUUACAUGCGAUCACAAACAUUUCACAUUGAGGGAAAUUCUAAAAUGAAAUGGUAUUUAUUUUUAGAAAAAAAUGAAAUCACCUCUUCAUUAUUACGAGAAAAUUUUAUUAACAUUAAUCUUCAAAAUAUUUCAUUGGGAAAUAAUUUUUUCACACCAAUGAAAUUAAAAUUAUCACUUGGAUCAAAUAAUGAAAAGAAAAUAUUCACAAGAAUUAUAAAAUUGACACGCAUAAAAUUGGGUGCAACUUAUAAAUUUUAUGAUUCAAUGAAAGAACAAGAAUUAAUAAAACUCAUAUCACCAUCAAAUUGUUUUCGCAUGAAUUUAACAAUUGUACCAUUGAAAAAUAAUAUGAAUAAAUCUAUUGUCAAUAAUAAUUCUUCGUCAAUAAUUAUUGAGAAAAAUUUCGAGUCUUUUUUCAUCAAUACAUUAUUAAGUGAUGUAACAUUUAAAAUUAAUGAAUAUGAAUUUCCAGCCCAUAAGAUUAUACUAGUUUCUGUUAGUUCUAUUUUCAAGGAAAUGUUCAUUGAGACAAAUAGUAAAGAUAUAACGACAAUUAUCGAAUUAAAUGAAAUUGAUCCGAAUGUUUUUAAAGAGAUGUUACGAUUUAUUUACACUGGCCGUGUGGAAAAUUUGGAAAACAUUGCAUUUGAUCUUUGCAAAUUGGCGUACAAAUAUAAUCUAUCAGAUUUGAUAUUAAUAUGUGAACAAUAUCUUCAAAAUUCAUUAUCAAUUAAUAAUGUCAUUUAUAUUUUGGAAUUGGCCAAUUAUCAACGAGCUGAAAAAUUUAAAAUUGAAUGUAUCAAAUAUAUUGAUGAAAAUUUUGAAGAAAUCAAAAAAACGGAAUCUUUUCAAACACUUAAUAGAGAAUUAUUAAUGGACAUACUCUGUGAGACAAGGAUUAAAAAAACAUGAAUUUUGAAAACUGUAUUCAAUUAAUUUUGUUUAUUUAUAGUUUAUCUUAAAAAGAUAUUGCUUUUUAAAUUGCUAUUUUUAUAUUGAUUAUGUUUUAAUUAUUUAUUCAAGAAAUAUCUAAAAGAUUUAAUUUCUACAUUUAAAAAUUAAGAAUCAUUUUUCAUUAAAUAUUAAUUUUUAAUUAUUUAUUAAAAAAAAAAAAAAAAAAAAAAUUUUCUUUUAACUUAAAGUAUUGUCUGUGUCGACAAUAUAAGAAAAAAUUAAAAGAUUUAUGUACAUUCAUAUUGUUAUAUGAAAACGUAAAAUAUUUAAAUAUUGCCUUAGUAAAAUCUAAAACUAUAUUUUUCUUUACAAUUAAGUGUAAACGAAAACUGUUAAAAAGAUGAUUUAGCGAUUGUUAAUAAUAACUUGUAUUUCUAGGAUCGUGAAAUAUAUUUUUAUACGAUUG